GGUCGUAAUGGCGGCUCGCUGCAUGUGAAGGGGUCGAAACCGAAACGGGAGCCGGCUUUAUGCUUCGAGAACAUGUACAAAACGCCAUGUAGCAGACUGUCAGGUUUGGUUGGUGUCAGCGUGAAGCAGAUAUUAGUUCAAAAUGUUCCUCAAUGUAACCAGACCGCUCGCAGCCUCAUUCAGCUGCACAAAAGAGAUCCAUCAAACUGGCUGACGUACCAGCACCUCACCUUCCUGAAACGCCAGUAUGUAGCAAAGAACAACAGUGAGCUUCACCAACGUGCCGCCCCCAAACCGACUUCAGCCCUGACCAUUGUGGAUGAGAGGGACGACAGCGUCGAAAGACAGGUGCAGAGAAUACCAACUAUUGAUCCUGUGGUCACAGAUGAUGUAUCGCAGUCGGAGAAUAUCACCAGUAAAGCACAGCCUGGGAUAUCCACCUCGGAGCCCUAUACAGACGAUGUGGCGCUACAGAAAGAUUCUGAGUCUGGCGGUGUUGUGACUUCAGACGAGACUCCUCAUGUCCACGUGGAGACGGACGAGGCAAAGGAAGCACGUCUAGACAGACAGUGGAAGCAGAUGAAAGUCGAUGUAGCUGACCUGCCGGAUAUCUAUGCCAAGCUUGCUAAAAUCAAACUCACAGCACUGGUGGUGACGAGUGCAGCAGCCGGCUUUGCAAUGGCUCCAGUGCCGUUUGACCCCCUCACCUUCUUCGUCGCCUCCCUGGGAACAUGCCUCGCCUCUUGCAGCGCCAAUGCAAUCAACCAGUACUUCGAGGUGCCCUUCGACUCCAACAUGAACCGAACAAAGACCCGUCCGCUCGUCAGGGGACAGAUCAGUCCCCUCCAUGCGGUGUCCUUUGCUCUGGCCUGUGGGAUUCCCGGCGUGGCUCUGCUCACGCUGGCGGUGAACCCCUUGACGGGCUUCCUGGGCGCCCUCAACAUCUUCCUCUACACCUGCUGCUACACUCCGCUCAAGAGGCACAGCAUCGCCAACACCUGGGUGGGAGCCGUGGUGGGUGCGAUACCCCCCAUCAUGGGCUGGACGGCUGCCACCGGCUGUCUGGAGCAAGGUGCUCUGUUGAUGGGUGGUUUCCUGUACAGCUGGCAGUUCCCUCACUUCAACGCCCUCAGCUGGAACCUGAGGGAGGACUACUCGCGCGGCGGCUACCGCAUGAUGUCCGUCACCCACCCGGGCAUGUGCAAGCGGGUGGCGCUGCGCCACAGCGUGGGCCUGAUCGGCCUGUCUUCCCUGGCGCCCGUGCUGGACGUCACCACCUGGACCUUCCCCAUCGUCUCCCUCCCCAUCAAUCUGUACAUCAGCUACUUGGCCUUCCGCUUCUACCGCGAGGGCGACCGCGGCAGCGCCCGCAAGCUGUUCUUCUGCAGCCUGUGGCACCUGCCGAUGCUGCUGCUGCUGGCGCUCACGUGCAAGAAGCCUCGGAGGGAUCCGGAGGAGGCGGCGGCGGCUCCACCUGCGGCCUCUUCAGCGCUCGCACUGCAGAGCUAACCCGUUUCAAAGAUGCCUAAACUCUUUUCUAAGACCUCCGAGAGCUCUGUUUGUAACCGAGACAUUCCCUCGGCGUCUCUCCUAACCGCUCGUCGUGCUCGUAAGGAGUCCGGAUGAUGGACGCUUUAUUUUAUCUGUUUAAUUGCAGCCAGUGGCACUCGCUGCCGAUCAGGAAAUGAGCUGGAAACGAUUCGGAUCAAAAUAACGGAUUUACAGAAACCACACUGAAUUAUUACAUCAGGCUGUAAUCAAUUUGAUGUGUGUGUGUGCUGUAUAUAUUCUGUAUUUAUUUAUAUUGAGGGCCCACCAGCUCCUCUCCAUGUUGUACAUGACUGAUGUUGUAUCUCUUCGACAGUGUGAAUCGCUCCUGUGGAUCCACACAGGGAUCACCGUCUGCACAUCAAUGCAGCGUUCAAAUGCAAAAUAGAAGAAGAGGAAGUAUAACGGACAUGAAGACAUCACGUAAUCACAAGAUACGUGACUGAUUUUCAGUCUGUGUAUAGAAAUAGGACAAAUAUAAACCGUUUGAAGCAGCUACGGCACUUCUGUUCAUUCUACUUUGACCUGAUACUCGACGGUAAGUUUAGCUUCACUGUAUUUUUGCUGCUCUGCAAAUGCACUGACGGGUCCUCGUUUCGUGUUCGUAACGGUUAUCUUCACCACGGAUCGCCUGCACCAAAGCAAAGGGAAUAGCCGACGCCCGUCUGAAACACGAGGGCAAAUGUUCUCUAACAAUAAAAAACUCUGUUAAUGUAA